AUGGUGAAGACCAAAUUUCCUGCUAUAACUGCAGGCGAGGAUGCCACUGUCAAUUAUUUGUUGUCCGGAGUCUUGUCUGGCGGCGAGAUCUGCAAGGCAUCGGAACUUGCUGCAUGUCUUUCCCGGUGGUUUAGCGACGUUAAAGAAGAUAAGCCAGUUGCUUCAGCUAUCCCAGAGCUACUAGGGCGUCUUCUGCUCCCAUUCGGCACGCCUACUGUCCUAGAACGCAUGGAGAGAUCCCAAACCCCCGACUCUUUUCCCGAUAGACAGAGAUGGAUGGAAAAGCUUCGUGUUCUCAUGGAUGAUGAGGCACAUGAAAGGCUGUUGCAGAAGUUGGAAUCUUUGCAAGAUCAACAGCUGUCAUUCAAAACUCUCUGUGAGCAAGAGAACGAAGACGGUAUCAAUGAUGAUAAUCUCGCUGCUGACCCCGCCUUACACUUUGAUUAUGACUUGCGGGAUAUGAUGAUUCGGGGCGAUAAAAAGGCAAUGAGAAAACAUCAAGAGGUCUUUUACGUGACCGGCUCUAUUGCCUGGACAGUUCGAUCUCCUUACUGGAAUGUCGCAUUGGCCAUCGACAAGGAAGAAGUCGAUUCUUUUCGUUUGUGGCUGGCUAGUGAAGAGAAAAAAGCCAAUGAUCUCGACAAACCCUGGCCAUUUACCCCUUCUCGUGCGAACAAGUUCAAGUUUAUAACUCCGGAACCCUAUUCUCGCCUUCGCACAUUGAGUACGAGCGGUCUCUCUCCGGUUGAAUCCACCCCCAAUGUCCCCAAUGACCCGAAUGAUACCAUUGUGCCCCAUGUGCCCAUUGUCACCCACAACGUGCAAACUGAAUUACUUCGAGAGUUACUCGCGGAAGUGAAAGAAUUGAAGACCAUAGUCGGUCAAAUUCUCGAAAGCAAGCAAGAGCUUGGGACUACAGAAAAUCAAAUGCAUGGAUCUUUGGAACCAGUCUAUCCUCCCAUUUCUUCGGCAAUGCAACCGAACUACUUUUUGUCUCAGGGUCAAUUUGUUGGUCCUCAAUAUCAGCUCGGGCCAGAUUGGCAGCAACGCGGGAGCUCGCAGAACCAAGGUCCGAGUACCUUGCCAGACCCAGGAGCUGGUUCAGCUCGUCGUCGUUAA